AUGUCAUCCAGUAGUUCAAGUAUCAGCGUAACCGACAUUAUUGGCAUUGUAAUUGGAGGAGUCUUAGGCCUUGCUACUGUUGUUGGCCUUAUUAUUACAAUUUAUGUAAUGUGCUGUAAGAAAAAUAAUCAGUCACAAGUAUGGGCUCAACCACAUCCAUACCAACCACCAUAUGGUCCUUAUGGUCAACCGGCGAAUAGUGGCUACUACUCACAACAAUUACCUUAUCAACAAUCAGAACAACAAACAUGGAAUAAACAAUCAACAAAUAAUAAUGAUCAACCACCAAAUUAUUCUGCUGUAAAUCCUGAAAGUAGUUCAUAUGGAAAAACUUAA